AUGGACGUUCUACCGGUUGAGAUUCUUCAGAAAAUCUUCCAACUAGUAUGCAUAGAUGGAGGGCUCACUGAAUACUCGCUCUCCCUCACCUCGGAGAGAUUCCGUGCUAUCGUCCGACCUAUCCGCUUUGGUUCCGUCGCGGUACUCUGCGCAACAAAACGACUUCUAGCCUUCUUGUCCAUCUACGAACAGGAGCGUCAGCAGUCACCCGAGACCAAAUUCGAGUUCUCCCGGUUGUAUCUCACCAUCCCUCUCAUCACCUUCAGGUUCAAAGAACCAGUAAACACCGAAAUUCCAUCCCCUUCGAGCCAUAAUUCGCCUUCCCUCGCAGACAACACGCCGACCGAGGAGCCAAAUCUCGACCCAUCCUCCCUCCCGCUCAUCAAAACCCUCCUCUCACUCGCCGCGCCCGACCUCCACACACUUGUCCUCCAACACAGCGCCACCCAACCCGGCCGCACGCCCCCAAACUCCCCCCUCCUCUCCCAUCCGUUCCCCUGCCUCCGCUCCCUCACCCUCCUCAGGCUCACCCACCACGACUGGCUGCUCGCCGCCCCCCUCCGCGCCGCAUCCACCCGACCGCCGCUCUUUCCCGCGCUAACCCGCCUGCACAUCAACACCCCCGCAGAGAGCUACUCGUUUGACCCCGCAGCAUGGGCCCCGGACACCUCCUCACGCACCUGCGCCUCUCCGCAGUGUCUGAGAUCCCCCCGCGCCUCCUGCGCGUCCUCGGGUCCCCGGACUGGCUCCGCGUCCCGCUAUCAUUGCCAGCCGCAGGUGAUGGCGACGCACACGCGCCCUCCGUCAGCGGGUGCCCCGCGUCGCCUGCCGUGAUCGCGCUCAAGACCGACAAGUGGACGCGUCUGGAACGCCUGGUUCUGCACCGCAGGUAUGCGGGGAAUCACAAGGCUGAUGCUGAGUGCGCGGAAUUGCUGCUGCGGUACAAGGGUGGCGUGGAGCGCGCUCUAGACGGGAAGGUACAGGUAGAAGUGGUGCCUGCUGUCCAGGACUGCUACAUCGAUCGGAUACGUGAUGCAAGGCAAGAACGGGCCCCAUGCAUGUUCUCUCUGCUCUGAUGUAUCGACGGCUUGCUAUCGCUACUGCUACAGCACGCACUGGGGUUUGCACUGCGAUGCUCACCGGAAUCUCAAGUAAGCG